AUGGAUUUUGUAAUGACUCAAUUUUAUAUGAAAGGAGCGAUAAAAGGGUUUAAAUUGGCUGCUUAUAUGUGUUCUAUUGUUUUAUUAACUGUUGGAAUUACUUGUUAUCGUGACCGUUAUUCAAUUUUAUAUGUUCCAAUAACUACAACUUCCGUUUUUUCAUUUUUUGCCUUUAUCCGAGGUGUUGGAAUUAGCGGACUUGCUGUGGCAUUUUUUCUUUCUCUUAUGCCCUCUUUUUUGUUAACAACAGCAACAAUUGGAGCUAGUUUUUAUUAUAAAUGUUCUAUAGAUGAAGUAUAUAAAAAUCUGAGACAAAAAUAUUUAAUAGAAGCAAAAAAAGAAAUUGAUGAUGAUAAUGAAUUACUUCGAUAUACUGAAUCGAAAGGAAGAAAACCGUUCUUUAAACCCUGGGACCGCUACAAAAUGAAUUUAGAUAAAGAUAUGAAUGAAUUUAAAAGAAAAAUAACUUUGAAUGAUGAAGAAGAAUUGUUGAAAUUUGGAGGAAAAGAUGAGGAAUAG